AUGAGGUCUUUUAAAUGCAACUUUGAUGGUGCAUCUAAAGGAAAUCCAGACCCAAGUUCUGGGCCUUUUUGUAUCAGGAAUAGAGAAGGGAAUUUAAUUUAUGCUGAAGUCAGGAGAUUAUUUGAUGGUAUUAAUCUAGUGGCAGAAGUGGUGGCACUAAGAUUGGGUCUGGAGUUCUGUGUACAACAUAAUCUUCUCCCUGUUAUACUUGAAAUUGACUCUCUUUCUCUGAAGAAUAUUUUGGAUGGAAUUUGGGAAAUCCCUUGGGUCAUAGUGAUGGAGAUCGAGAGGAUCAAUAUGCUUAUGAAGGACAAGGAAGUGAUAGUGGAAAAUAUACUCAGAGAAGGAAAUCAGUUGACUGACUUUUUCACUAACAACAUUCUCUGUUUUGCAGGUCCUGGAUUGGAGUUGGAUACUGAAUUUGAAGCUCUUGAUGUCUCUCCAGCUCAUCGACGUUUAUCUCAAUCGAGGACCAUGGUUGUUUCGACGGUGUUGUGA